AGUAGCUGUCAAACGCGCGCUCGCGAGCACCGUGGAAACUAUGGCGACCGCGGCGUCCAACCACUACAGCAUCCUCACGUCCAGCGCGUCCGUCGUCGCGCACUCGGAUCCCGGCAGCAUGCAGCAGACGCCGCCGGCCUACAGGGACGCGCAGAGUCUUCUGCAGAGCGAGUACACCACCCUGCAGAGCAGCGGGAGCACGCUCAGCCACGCGCACCAGUGGUUAACGGCGGCGCUGUCUCACGGGGGAGAGGGAUCGCCUUGGCCCGCCAGCCCGUUGGGCGAGCAGGACAUUAAGCCCACCCUGCAGGGCGACGUGGACGAGCUGCAGCACUCGCCGAGUUUGACGCCCAGACAAGCGCAUCUGGUGCAGCAGAGCCAGCAUCACGACGCGGGCGCCUGGCGCGCGUCGACCACGGCUCACAUGACGAGCAUGACCACCUCGAACGGUCAGAGCAUGAUCUACUCCCAGCCCGGGUACGGUGAGCAGGGAAUGCACCAUCACGCCCUCAGGGACGCGCACGAGGACCACCACAGCCCGCACCUCAGCGAGCAGGGCCACCCGCAGAGUCUCCAUCAGGGACACCACGAGCACUCGGACGAGGACACGCCGACCUCGGACGACCUGGAGCAGUUCGCCAAGCAAUUCAAGCAGCGUCGGAUCAAGCUGGGUUUCACGCAAGCGGACGUGGGGCUCGCGCUGGGCACACUCUACGGCAAUGUUUUCUCCCAGACCACCAUUUGCAGGUUCGAGGCGCUUCAACUGAGCUUUAAGAACAUGUGCAAACUCAAACCCUUGCUCAAUAAAUGGCUGGAGGAGGCGGACUCCACAUCGGGAAGUCCGACCAGCCUGGAUAAGAUAGCUGCGCAGGGAAGGAAGAGGAAAAAGCGGACAUCCAUCGAGGUGAGUGUCAAAGGGGCCUUGGAGAGCCAUUUCCUCAAGUGCCCCAAACCCGGUGCGUCCGAGAUCAACUCUCUGGCGGACAGCCUACAGCUGGAGAAAGAGGUGGUGCGGGUCUGGUUUUGUAACCGACGGCAGAAGGAGAAGAGGAUGACGCCUCAGAACGGACCCAUACCCGGUAACGAGGAUUUGUACGGGGACACCUCGCCUCACCACGGGGCUCCGACACCUGUUCCGUGAGACGGGGGCGCCCACACACUCAGACAGCGACUUUGUCUUUGUCCCGGUCACAAGCCCGUUCACUGCGGGCCGACGGUGAUGAUGAUGAUGAUGUGCUGGUACGGCACUUCAGAGGGAGCGGAGCGCGCAUUGUUGCCCGAACAAUAUAAUGGCACGGGCGCGAGAAAACGCGCUCAAAGUAAACCAAGGCUUUACGCGCGUGUGAACCUAAAGAACGAACAUUUUACGCGUAAAAAAAAUAUUAAUAAAAAAAAAUACUUAUCAUCUGAAGUCCGAGGAUCUGUGAAAGCAUCAUAUCACUUCCAACCGAAAGCUGUGAAAAGGGCGUCAGGGGCACGUAUUCUCUCACGCCAUCUUCCCCUCAUGACCACAAAAAGCUGAUUGAAAUUAAUCAAGUGCAAUGUCUUCAUUCUCUUCAAAAUAUGAAUGGCAACGAAGGUACUUCAUUGUAAUUAUUAUUAUUAUUAUUAUUAGUGUUAGUAUUAUAUUCCUUUCAAUAUAUGCACAAUUUUCACAGUUAAAUGUGAGAAAUUCUCUGAGAGUUGAUGCAUGUAAUUUUAAUGACAACAAAGGCGGCCAAUUGCUGCUGUUUGUUAUGCACAGGCAAAGCAACCCAAUUUCAUGCAGAUCACGGAUUCACACUGCUGGUGCAAAACAGAGCGCCCGUCCAAAUCGAGGCCUGAGGAAAGAUUAAAUCCUUCUCCAGAAUUGUAUAGUGCUGUGCAGUACAUCAAAUCGACUGUUCUUAAUUUAAAUUAUGUUUUUAUAUGCAGAAAUUGGGGUUUUAUAUACAAUUUUGAAAAUAAUUUUGGGAGCUGAUGGAUUUCCAAUCAGCCAAGCGGACGUGAUUUGAAACAGUGUAUUAGGGAUGUUUUGAUCCCUUUGUUUUAAAUCAUUUUCAAUUAAAUCAUUAAAUGUCUUCUUAGAUAAAUACAGGAGAAAUCUAAAAGAAACCCAAAUUAUCAUUCAUGAUUUUUGUCCACAACAAAGACAAAAAUAAACCUUUAAUUUGUCUGGAAACCCUUAAUAUAAAUAGCAUGUUAACAACAACACACUUAUAAUAAUAAUAAUAAUAAUAAUAAUAAUAAUAAUAAUACAUUGUAUUAGUAGUAGCCACAGUGCCCAUUUUUUUCUUGUCCAUUAUAUUAGGUCUCUAUUAUUAUAGUAACAUUGUGUUGUUUUAUUUUGUGCAUCAACUUCCUGUAUUGCCUCAACAUCUUUGUAACUGUUUCUUGUUUUCCCAAACUUAUUUGUUUGUUUCAGCUGUCGCGCGCAUUUUCUUUAACGGGUAAUACUACACCAGCUGUAUUACAAUUGUUUGAUGGCCGGCAUCGAAAUAUAAAGACAUUGUAGCCUACGUGGAUUUUAUAUGGCUUUGUGUAUACUUGUAUAUUUGUAUAUUUGUGCACUUACCCUGGCACUGCCAAAGCACAACCUGUCAGUGUGCCCUAUUGAGACCAUUACUGUCUUUGGUUUU